AUGGCCCGGGCAACGUCCGUGGCUCCAAAGGUCAAGGGCUGGGAGGCCGCCUGCGUGUCGCUCGAGGCGAACUUUAAUGCCCCCGUUGCCCCCAAAUCUACCAUUGCCGACCGGAAUCCGGAUUAUUCCAUCUUGUCGUCGCGGUCGAUGCCGGUGAAUAUCCUUGGUGCCACGCCGGGAGAGCCGAUCGCUGUGCUGGGGACCCAGAGGCGCCUCGCUGAGAUCGUCGAGCUGAUCCAUACCGCCUCGCUGCUCCACGACGACGUGGUGGAUCAUGCCGAGACUAGACGCGGAAUGCCGAGUGCGAACGUGUUCAGCGGCAACAAGCUGAGCGUCCUGGCGGGUGACUACAUGCUUGGCCGGGCGUCCGUGUUCCUGGCCAGACUGAGACAGCCGGAGGUUACCGAGCUCAUCGCCGAGGUCAUCUCGGAGCUGGUCAAGGGCGAACUGUACCAGCUCACCAAUACUCAGGCUGACUACGGCUCGGCGGAGUACCUCUCCAAGUCGCUGGACUACUACCUGGAGAAGACGUACCUCAAGACUGCCUCGCUGAUCAGCAAGUCCUGCCGUGCGGCGGCGGUGCUGGGCGGCGCAACGGAGGAGGUGUCGCAUGCUGCAUAUACCUACGGAAGACACAUGGGCCUGGCCUUCCAGCUGAUCGACGACGUGCUGGACUACACCAGCAGCAGCGAGGAGCUCGGGAAGCCCGCGACGGCGGACCUGGAGCUGGGACUCGCCACUGCACCGGUAUUCUACGCAUGGGAGGAGUUCCCCGAGCUCGGCCCCAUGAUCGCGCGGAAGUUCGAGCAGCCGGGAGACGCGGCAAAGGCACGGGAAAUGGUUUACAAGUCCAAUGGAAUCGAGCGAACACGGGAACUGGCACAGUCGUUCUGUGACACGGCGAAAGAGGCGAUCCAGAUCUUCCCCGACACCGAAGCGCGAGCGGGUCUGGAGGAGGUCCUGAACAUGGUGCUCACACGGAAGAAGUAA